GUAGCAGGGGCGAGAAAAGAGCCGGGACCGCGGCGGCAGCUCAGAGAGCGGCGGGACCGACCGAGAGACGCGUCGGGUCCUGCCGCCCGCCCGCCCGCCCGCAGCAGCAGCCUCCCUCCGUGCCGCUGCGGCUCUGCUCCCGGGGCAGCUGCGAUGCGCCUGGUCCAGAACAUGUGCACCAUCGCCGAGUACCCCCAGGCCGGCAGCGCCAGCGGAGACGGCUGCAGCGGGGGCCCCUCCGGCCGCCCCCGCCUCAUCAAGAUCGCGGUGGUGGGAGCCAGCGGCGUGGGCAAAACCGCCCUGGUGGUGCGAUUCCUCACAAAACGCUUCAUCGGAGACUAUGAGAGAAACGCAGGUAACCUGUAUAGCAGGCAGAUCCAAAUAGAUGGAGAGAUGCUUGCUAUUCAAGUGCAAGAUACACCAGGUGUUCAGAUUCAUGAACACAGUCUGGACUGUAAUGAACAGUUGAACAGAUGCAUUCGAUGGGCAGAUGCUGUUGUGAUUGUUUUCUCCAUCACAGAUUAUAAGAGCUAUGAACUACUUAGUCACCUUCACCAGCAAGUUCGACAGUUACACCCAGGAAACAGAGUCCCUGUUGUUGUUGUAGCAAACAAAGCUGAUCUCCUACAUAUUAAAGAGGUGGAGCCACAGCAUGGACUUCAACUGGCAAACAUGCUAGGUUGUACUUUUUAUGAAGUGUCUGUCAGUGAGAACUACAAUGAUGUCUUCAAUGCCUUCCAUGUCCUGUGUAAAGAAGUUAGUAAACAACAAAUAACUAGCACCCCUGAGAAGAGAAGAACCUCUCUUAUUCCAAGGCCAAAGUCACCAAACAUGCAGGAUCUGAAGAGAAGGUUUAAGCAAGCUUUGUCUGCUAAAGUUAGGACUGUCACUUCUGUCUGAAAGCAAAGCUAAGUGGGGGUAUCUUCUCAACCUGUUGUCAUAAAGUUCCAACUUUGGAAUGUUAAACACUGGCACUAUGGAGUCUGAGGCAAUGUGAAAGAAGGAUGGUUCAGAGGUUCUUUUGAACUGCUGUAGAAAUAAACCAUUGCUUGAAGGAGAAACAAGUAUGAGGUUUGAAUAAGCUCCUUAAGUGAUUCUAGCAAGUGAAUGGUAGAACAUCUAUCUUCAUUUUAAAACCAAACUUUUAGUAAUUGAAAAGAAAACAACCCACAAAACUUCAGUCUUGCUUUCCUAGGAUGGGACACAUUGGCUUGAUGUACAACCACAUCAUUUAACUAAGUUUGGUGACC